AUGUCCUCAACCGCCCUCCCCAUCUCCCCCACUCGCUUCGCCACCGCCCUCACCACCCUCACCCUCCCCACCCUCUACGCCAAACACGCCGAACUCAGUAACCAAAUCGCGCACCUCGUGGCCAGCAACACGCAGCUCGAGGAGUACGCGCGCGAACACGAUGAUCGCGAGUGCUAUGAGGCUGUGUUGGAGAAUAGGGAGGUACUGAGGCGGUUUGAAGAGAGGAGGGCGUUGGUGGUCAAGGAGGUUAGGGAAGUUAGGGGGUUGGAGUGGAAGGGGGAGGGAGAGAGCGAGAGCGAGAGAGCGGGUGGAGAUGUGGCGGGUGCGGCUGUGGAGACGAGUGGUGCGGAGGCGAGAAGGGGGGAGAGACGGGAACAACAACAGGGAGAGGGAGAGGGACAGGGGGAGGAUGCUCGGCAUAUGCCCGUCGCUAUCCUGCUAGGGCCGAUACGAACAAAUACCAACCCCACAACCGGGAUACGAAUCUCUGAUAUUCGACUGGGAAUACUGGUGAGUCGUUCUGCUGCUGCGCUUGCACAAGUUCUUACAAUGGCCAAGCUGAUGGCUCCAGAAAUACAACUGCGCAUGAUUUACUAUGUUUGCGAUAUAUCGCGAUCUAAUGCAAUGAUGGGGUCCCGCGUCCCUGGAUGUCGAAAUGAUGCCACAGAGGGGCAUGAAAUGUCGAUGCAAGCUUUUCUGGGAUGUUAG